CGCUUACGAGACAUUUUAUCUGUAUUGUGGUGCAUUUACAAGCUGUCGUAUUGUUUGACGUUGGUCAUUUAGGUUUGUUUAUUGCUUUUAAACAUAAAUUAAUUGACGCAGCUUACGUACACGUUCGCUAACUUUCUAGAAGUAGCUACUCGUACUUUUCUUUGCAGUGUUUUCUCCGGGAGUUGAACUUUCUCAGAGUUAAAGUCAGUUUUUUCGUUCAGGAGUGAAACAUGAUGAACAACAGUCAGAUGGAGGAUGAAGACUUCCCUCCUCUGCCUCCUCCUCUGUCUCCGGGACAGGGAGGACAGGACCAUGGGAACCUGUUCACGGACGGGGACGAGGGAGAAGUUUCCAAACUGGCCGACGUCCCUGCAGCCAAAAGGAGAGGAGUGAAGAGACCACAGCCCAAACUGGACUCUCAGAGGCUGACGUCAGAACGAGGACUUCCUGCUCUUCGAACCCUGUUUGAAAACGUCCGUUUUAAAGGAAAAGGCCACGAGGCUGAAGAUCUGCAGCUGCUGAUGCAGAAGAUGGAGAACUGGGCCCACAGGCUUUACCCGAAACUCCAGUUUGAAGACUUCAUCAGUAAAGUGGAGAAACUGGGCGGCAAAAAGGACGUACAGACUUGUCUGAAACGCAUCCGUCUGGACAUGCCGCUGACGCAUGACGACUUCAUGGUUACAGAAGGUGACGAGGAGGCGGAGCCAGAGGCCUUCAGAGAACCUGAUCCAUUCGGUGACCUACAGGGACCCGUCCACUCCACCCCAGCUCCUCCUGCUCCUCCUGCUCCUCCUCAUCACUCCCCGGCUGCUCCCUCUCUGACCGAGGAGCAACGUCUUCGCAUGGAGCUGAACCGGCAGCGAGCUCUGGAGAGGAGGCUCGCACGCCAGAGGCAGGAGACGGACUCUCAGACCGUCCUCACGUCCUCGAUACAGAACGAAUCCAGUUCCUCUACGGACGUCCUCAACGUCUCCGGAGACCAGGAAGGGACGGUGGAGACAAACGGUGGCAGCAGCUGCACUCAGCCGCUCAGCCAACGUCCUCCCACAGACCCUGAGCCUCUAUCAGAGCCCACUGAGCGCGCUCAGACCGCCUCUGACCCAGAGCCCACCGAGCGCGAUCAGACCGCGUCUGACCCAGAGCCCACUGAGCGCGCUCAGACCGCCUCUGACCCAGAGCCCACUGAGCGCGCUCAGACCGCCUCUGACUCAGAGCCCACUGAGCGCGCUCAGACCGCCUCCAAGCCUACAGAGGACAUUCAGAAUGUGCACAACUCAGAGCCCACUGAGCACGCUCAGACCGACUUGGAGCCCACUGAGCACGCUCAGACCGACUUGGAGCCCACUGAGCACGCUCAGACCAUCAUUGAGGACGGAGACUAAACACUUCACUUGAAUAUUUGUUUAGUUCCUGCUGCUGUUUGUUUGUUUUCUUUCAUAAAUGUAAAUGUAAUUCAUCAAUAAAUGUUUAAUUCAAUGUGUUGAAAAAAAUA